GGGAUCUGCGAUCGUGACGCGCACCCUAGCUACAUCCGAAAAGCAAAAUGAAGUGGGGAGUGUGUAUCUUCCUCCUCUUCCUGGUCAUCGUCCCAUGCCAGAUGCGCAAGGCGGAGUGCUCGUUACCAAAGGAUAUUGGAAACUGCAAGGUUGGAUGGAAUCUGUCUUAUCAGUGGUACUUCGACCCGGGCAUGUCAGCCUGUCGACCUUUUCUUUAUGGAGGCUGUGGUGGAAACAAGAACAGAUUUGCAUCGUGCGAGCUGUGUAACAGUGCUUGUGAAACUAGCGUCUGUGCGAAGGAGAAGCCUGGGCCUAGUCCAUUUUCCAGGAGCAGGAAACACCACAAAAGGCAUCGAUUUCACCGACGACGUUAUCAAGAUUAUGACAGUGCGGAAUGAGGGAACUUCUCAGUAGCGGCACCAAUAAAAAGGUAUAUAGAGUCACAA